CAAUCUCGCAAGGCGACCAGUCCCUCGCAUCUUUCUUUAGGUUAACAGCUCACUGAUUGGAGCAGACGUUGCUAGGUUGCCAAGUCCCGCCUACCGCGGCUGGUUGGGUGGGUAAAUCGCUGCAGCCGCUGGUUGUGCAGGGCCCGCUGGCCAGGGGGCGGAGAUCGGGGGCUGCCCGGCCGGGCCCCGUCCGCCCUGCGGCGCUUAGUGAAAACAACAAUGGAGCGACUUGGAGUGAAAGCUACUCCUUCCCAUAACCGUUCUAAGACAGCUUUGUACGUGACCCCUCAGGAUCGUGUAACCGAGUUUGGGAGUGAACUGCAUGAAGAUGGAGGGAAAUUGUUCUGUACUUCCUGCAAUAUGGUCCUGAAUCAUGUUCGCAAAUCUGCAAUCAAUGACCAUCUCAAGUCUAAAACUCAUACAAAGAGGAAGGCAGAGUUUGAAGAGCAGAGUGUCAGAAAGAAGCCGAGGGCUCUGACUGCUUCUCUCCAAUGCAACAGUGCUACUCAGACAGAGAAAAUCAAUGUCAUCCAGGACUUUGUGAAGAUGUGCUUGGAAGCUAACAUCCCACUUGAGAAAGCUGACCAUCCAUCGGUGCGAGCUUUCCUGUCUCGCCAUGUGAAGAAUGGUAGUUCCAUUCCGCAGUCAGAUCAGUUAAGGAAAACGUACCUGCCUGAUGGAUAUGAGAAUGAGAACCAACUCCUCAGUAUGGAAGACUGUUGAGAAGAUAACUAUUUUGGGGAUGGCGUAUUAAAGUUACAUAUUGAUGGUGUGGUUUAUUUUUAUAUUCAUGCAUACACUGUUAUAUAUUGGUUUUACAGUUUAUUUUAUAUUACUGUAGACAUGACAAUCUAUCACCAAAAUUAAUGAUGUGCCACAGACUCUUGAUAACCCUACUGUAGAGUUUAUAUCCACUGUGAUUCAGAACUCAUUUUCAAGAUAGGGAACAUCUAUGUAAAGGCCAACCAUAACUGUGCCAUUAACAAACACUCACGUGUGCAUGGAGGACUUUCCAUGCCAAUUCAAUCACCAACAUGACAUCUUCAUUACACAAGAAAGGACCAAACAGUAGGAAUUACUUUACUACAUCAGACAUAUUGACCAUCUUUGUUCAGUAUUCUGUCUCUGUCAAUGACCAGGAAUAAGACUUGUAUUGUUAGCGUGCAAAAAGUCGUAUAAUGGCCAGUUACAUAAUAACCUGCCCACAGAAGCAAAUUCUAACCGCUGGUAGAGGUUGACUUAUGCCUUGCAGCAUGGGGACUUACAUCCUUUUAAAAAACUCUUUUAUCCUAUCUAACGUAACUCUGGAUGUUCUCGUCUAUCUAAAUACCUAAUUAUGGCUUCACUUUUCUCUUAAAGCAGGGAGUUCAAUAGGUUUGUUACGCAUUGCAUAAAAGAAAAAGCAGUUUCUUAUCUCGGUUUUAAAUUCACUGUCUUGCAGUUUCAAUGUGUCUCCUUAUAGUAAGCUGAGAGACUAGUGUCUUUGAGCAAGGUGCCUUGUGCAGCUGCUGGCCUAUGAAACACAUGCCUGGUCACGAUCCCUAAUAAUACAGUUUGCUGUGUGUUUUCCUAGCAUGACAGCAGAAGCAGAACAUCUUCUUUUCAAUCUGUUAGCUAUAAACCAGAACCCAGUUGGAACUGAUCAGGACAUGGGAGUAGCAGUUCAAGAGUCCUACUUGAGUAUGGGGUCACUUAAGCUCUUGCACUCAUAUCCUUUUCCUGGGUCUUUUGCUUGUCGCAGACUAAGUGACCUAAAUGUGUUUUUAAAACAGUUACUGUUGAUGACAAAUAGUUCAUGUAGUGUAACUAUGAGGUAAGUGUACCGAAAAGGAUGCAACAGUAGAAUAAGUGUUACCUGGGUUACAAUUCCUUUUCCAAUCCAGUGCCAUCUUCACUGGAUCAUAAAAAAAGUGACUUACUGUAUAUCAGUAAUGUGUGUUUCUUUCUCUAAAUUGUGUAAUUCUCAACCCUUUUCACAUCUUUUUGGGGGAGUUGAGUAUUAUGCCUAAAUUAAGUAUGGUGGUAGCCCACUCAACUUUAGUGUCCAAAAAAGCUCUUGGGUGAGGAGAGAGAAUAUUGUGCAGAGGCAAGUAACACAACUGCCUUUUCUGCCUGCCUCCUCUUUGCUGUGAUUCUGUGAGGUGCUGAGCAUCUCCUAGGCAGUGCAGCAUGCCUUCCACUCACCAUAAGUGUUCUGUCUCGCAGGUUUAGUUCCUCCUAUUUUGCUGCUUUUUCCCUUUCUCGGUUUUCACUAUAUUUCUCAUUUUUCUUCAUUUUGCCCAUUUCAUUUUAGGGUGCUGACAGUAGCAUUAACUAAUAGUGCUUACAGGUGGAGUUGUAGAGGGACACAGACUAGCCUGCUAUUAAUUUGGUUGGUUUCUGCAGUUCUCGGUAGUUUAAAAUACACAUCAGCUUGAAGAGAGGAAACAGUUUAAUGCUGACUAUUUUUAUGCAAUCUUAAAGAACUUGUCAGAUGAAUGGCUCAAAGUGUAUUCACACAAUUUAAUCAUUUCUUUCUUGCAACUGGUUGCCUGCUGUGCGAGGUGUAUUUGUAUAGACACAGCAAACUAAAUGAAUAGUAUGCAGGCAAAUCGUUGCACCGGUGCUGAGCCCCAUUGAAGCCAGUGAGGCUCGACACAGUUAAAGCAAUCUGCCCAUUCAAUAUCAAUUGCUGGUUUAGGACUUCAGAUAGAAAUAGUAGUGGAAAUCUUUCUCUUGAUCUUGGAUGUCUCAAUUUGCCUUCACAAGUGUGACUAGCUAUGGGAUGUGCUUAGGAUCAUGCAUUGCGUAGGGCUGGUACUGUUUCAUAUAAAUCCUCUUAAGACACAUGAGUAUAAGUUACCACUGCCAAUAGCCUUUUCUAUGUUAAAAAAUUGUGUUCUUCCAUGACAGCUCCUCUUCUUGUUUCAGUGGAGUCAUGCUAUCUGCAUUUCAUUAAUCAAAGUUAGAUAUCUUUGAAUUAGUUUUGUACUCCAUCCAUACAGUUGUAUUAGGGUUGAAUCACAAAGGGAAAACAGUUGUGAGUAUUGAGGAAACAGCUUGAGUAUGAAUUUUUGAAAUCAGUCUUCCAUUAAAACAAGAAAGUGCUAUUUUAUGUACUAGUUUGAGAUGACUAAUUCUGGCCUUGAUGUUUUUUAAUAAUUUUACAGGCUAUUGUUGAUAUUAAAGUCGCUUUACAAAAGACCUAAACAGAAAUGUUUUUCUCUGCUCUCUACUAUCAAACUAAUAAACCCUCUUCAAAAAGCUAUGCUAGCAUUAUGAUUAAGCAUGUUGGUACACAGACUAAUAAAACAAAACAAAA